CGCUGGGCGGUUACGUGUGGUGCGUGGGGGCGCGGGCUGCGUGUAGCGCGGGGCGGGGCGCGGCUGUAGCGCCUGGAGAGCGAUGGCGGCGGCCUGAACUCACCUUAGCACAUCCACGACUACAGGCCCUGGCCCAGAUUUGCAAGUCUGGACUGGGCAGUGACCUCUGGGCUAGUUAUUCCAGUCUGGUAUAAUCUUUGGCUCCAUGGCCAGUUACUGGCUGCAACAGACCAGAUGAAGCAGAUUGGAGACAGAAGUGGAGAAAGCCUCCAGCUGGCAUAUCCUCAGAGUGUAAUCCUCUGGCUGCUGGCCCUGCCCAGCCUGCCUCAUGGAGAGGAUGAACUGGCUGAGCAGACUAGCCUCCCGGGUCCCCGGACACCGUGUACCUCAAGGGGCCAAUCUUCAGGCUCCUGUCAUGGCUGACCCUGAGACUUGCCUCAUGGUCUUCAAGAAUCACUGGUCCCAGGUGGUGCGAAUCCUGGAGCGGCAAGGCCCUCGAGUAGUUCCUGGAGGUGCAGAUGAUCUCAGUGCUGUGCGCAACCACACUUAUCAAAUGUUAACACUGCUGGCAGAGGAUCGUGCUGUCCCUUCGGCUCCCACAGGCCCUGGGCCCCUGCUGGAAUUUGCUCUGCGUGAAGAUCUGCUGACCCGUGUGUUGGCAUGGCAGCUGCAGUGGGAUGAGUUUGGGGAUGGGGUCGAGGAACGACGUGCUGAACAACUAAAAUUAUUUGAGAUGCUAGUGAGCGAAGCUCGUCAGCCUCUGCUGCGGCAUGGUCCAGUUCGUGAAGCUCUGCUCACACUUCUGGAUGCCUGUGGCCACCCUGUGCCUAGUAGCCCAGCACUGGAUGAAGGCCUGGUGCUACUUCUCAGCCAGCUGUGUGUUUGUGUGGCCCAGGAACCUUCAUUGCUCGAGUUCUUCCUGCAACCACCUCCUGAGCCAGGAGCUGCUCCACGUCUUCUCCUCUUUUCUCGCCUUGUCCCUUUUGUCCAUCGAGAGGGAACCCUAGGCCAGCAGGCCCGCGAUGCCCUGCUUCUGCUCAUGGCUUUGUCAGCUGGGAGCCCUACUGUGGGCCGUUACAUCGCAGAUCACUCUUACUUCUGCCCGGUGCUGGCCACAGGGCUAAGUGCCCUGUACUCCUCACUGCCCCGAAAGAUCGAGGUUCCAGGGGAUGAUUGGCACUGCUUGCGUCGGGAAGACUGGCUGGGAGUGCCAGCCCUUGCACUGUUCAUGAGUUCCCUGGAGUUUUGCAAUGCAGUCAUUCAGGUGGCUCACCCUCUGGUGCAGAAACAGCUGGUUGACUAUAUUCACAAUGGGUUCCUAGUGCCUGUCAUGGGCCCUGCUCUGCACAAGACCUCUGUGGAGGAGAUGAUCGCCAGUACUGCCUAUCUGGAACUUUUCCUGCGUAGUAUCUCAGAGCCUGCAUUGCUCCGUACCUUCCUGCGAUUCCUGUUGUUACACCGGCAUGAUGCCCACACCAUCCUUGACACUCUUGUCGCCCGUAUUGGCAGCAACUCCCGGCUCUGCAUGGUCUCUCUGAGUCUCUUCAGGACCCUCCUGAACCUCAGCUGUGAGGAUGUCCUGCUGCAGCUGGUUCUCAGGUAUCUUGUUCCAUGUAACCAUGUGAUGCUAAGCCAGAAGCCAGCUGUACGUGAUGUGGAUCUCUAUGGACGAGCAGCUGACAAGUUUCUUUCCCUAAUCCCACGCUGCUGUCGGCACAGUGCUCCUAGCCCACCUCGUCCAGAGCAUGCCUCAUGGGCACGAGCUGGGCCGAGCAGAGAGGCAGGGAGAAGGGAGGACAUCAUGGAACUCUGUCUCCUUGGUUCCUCUUAUGCUCUUUUCCCCUCUGAAGGCCCAGGAAGCCCAAGUGUUGAUUCUUCUUCUGUGGUGACAGUGCCUCGGCCCUCCACACCAUCUCGUCUGGCUCUCUUUCUUCGGCAGCAGAGCCUGAGUGGCUCUGAGUCCCCAGGUCCAGUCCCUCAUUCGCCAGGGCUUGCUGCAUCUCCAGCCUCCAGCCCUGGCCGGCGGCCCAACCCUGCAGAGGAGCCCGGUGAGCUGGAAGACAAUUACCUGGAGUAUCUGCGUGAGGCACGCCGUGGUGUGGACCGCUGUGUCCGAGCCUGCCGUACCUGGUCUGCCCCUUAUGAUGGCGAGCGUCCCCCUCCUGAGCCUAGUCCACUUGGCUCUCGGACUAAGAAACGCAGUCUACUGCCUGAAGAGGACAGGGACGAUGUGGGGCAAGGGGAGGAGGAAGAGCUGGGGAGUAGGGGGCUGUCUGGGAGUGUAGGGGAGGGCCCUGCCCACCUGCCUCCUCCCCAGCUCAAUGGAGUGCCAGGACCAUGGCCUGAGGGAGCCAAGAAGGUUCGUCUGGUGCCAUGUCUGGUGCCACAGGAGGGAGCCAGGGAACUGCUAGAGGGUACUUCUGAGAGUAUGGCAGGACUAGAGAGCUUUGGGCAAGAGCUCCAUGAGCUGGAAUUGGCAUUGAGCAAUGGUGGAGCUGGCUCAGAGCAUCCUCUAGAGCCUCCACUACCUCUUGAGGAGGAGGAGGCCUAUGAGAGCUUCACCUGUGCCCCUGAGCCCCCUGGCCCUUUCCUCAGCAGCCCUUUGCGGACUCUCAACCAGCUGCCGAGCCAGCCUUUCACUGGCCCCUUCAUGGCUAUGCUCUUUGCCAAACUUGAGAACAUGCUGCAGAACUCCGUCUAUGUCAACUUCCUGCUGACGGGGCUGGUGGCCCAGCUGGCCUGUCACCCCCAGCCCCUGCUCCGCUCUUUCCUGCUCAACACCAACAUGGUCUUCCAGCCCAGUGUCAAGUCCCUGCUGCAGGUGCUGGGUUCUGUGAAGAAUAAGAUUGAGAGCUUUGCAGCCUCCCAGGAGGACUUCCCAGCAUUGCUAUCCAAAGCCAAGAAGUACCUCAUUGCCCGUGGCAAGUUGGACUGGGCUGAGGGUCCUACAACAGGACCUGCCCCCCGCUGCUCCGACCCCCUAGUGAAGAGCCGGAGGCCGUCCUUGGGGGAGUUACUCCUGCGGCAUGCACACAGUCCAACAAGGGCCCGGCAGGCGACACAGGUCCUUCAGCCUGGGCGAGACGGAACUGGACUUGGCCUAGGUGGGGGCUCCCCUGGGGCAUCGACUCCAGUUCUAAUUCCCAAGGGCGGGGCCCCAGAGCGCCAAGGUGAGGCUCUGCGAGUCAAGAAUGCUGUCUACUGUGCAGUCAUUUUCCCUGAGUUUCUCAAGGAGCUGGCUGCCAUCUCCCAAGCCCAUGCUGUCACCUCGCCUUUCUUGUUGGAUUCUUCAGAGGAGGGAUCAGGCCCUCCCAUCUCAGGCUUUGGGGCCCUCAAUCCUUAAUUUUCUUCCAUGGACAAUCAGGGCCGUAAGUGACCUGGGCUGAGGCCAGGGCACAGGCUCCUUUUUAUGUUUGGAGGCAGUGGCAAAAUAACUUUUUAAUUUAUUUCAGAUGAAUGUUUUAUGGAGAACUUAUUGCAAUAUGUAUAAAAGGGAAAUCUCUA